AUGACCGCCUACAACACUCACUGCAACUUGGUGAUCAGCCCUGAUGACGUGUGGUUGACUAUCCUCGCCCAGUCCUGCGCGUACGUGAACAAAAACGCGGAGGGACUACGGGACAGGAUCGUCGAACACGAGGGCAAGAAGGAGCUCAGAGUGUCAAGUGAUGGAACGCUCCAUACCGCGGACUACCCGCGUAUGAUCAGGGAUUUGUUGGGGCUAAUCAGGCAGAACAUCAAGUCGCCCGAAUUCGCUGACUGGUUCCGGCCGGGCUUCUCGACGACGACGGAGAAGGACGAGGUGUGCGCUGCGGCGACGGCGAUGGCGAGCCUGCAGGCGUACUUCGAGUACACCAUGAUGUACAGGUGUGGCAUCCCCUCGGUGACCCUCAUGGGCACAGUGGGAGACUGGAAGCUGCUCCGGGAGAAGAUCGAGCGCCUGCUCGAGUUCGAGGUGGACGGCAAUCCCCAGGGCAAGGUCAUGCAGACAUGGGUGGGGUACUUGCGCAAGGUGUGCGACGGGUUCGUGGAGUCAGCGGAGCAUCCUGGGAGCCCGGAAACACUCGAGUUCUGGGACAGGGUUCUCACACAUGAACCCGAGGGCUCGGGGGUGAGCUACAUCACGGGCUGGGUUUCCGCUUUCACAUGCUUCGGCAGUGACGUCAACUUCCUCGGAAAGCGUACAAAGUUCAUGUCAAGAGACGAGAACCGGAACAUCGUCGAGAAGGACUGGGGCUUUCCCAUGAUUCCCGACCAAGAGAUCUGCAUCGACGUGGUUUCGUGCCCCGUGAAAAUAAUUGACGCCACCGUGGGGCGUGAGUAUGAUGGCACUCUUUUCGCAGGUCAAACCGUCUGUGAGGCUGAGAGGCCCGGAGAGACGGGGCACCCGACAGUACGCCCCCGAAGUGACUGGUGCAUGGCCGUGGCGGUCAAGGAGUAG